UCCGUGGCCCCGGGGAGAGCGCCUCCGGAUUGGCUGAGCCGGCUCACGCGAGCCGAGCCCGGCAACUGAAGCUAAGGCGGCGGGGGUGGGGAGGGGAAGAGAGGAAGAGGUGGCCGAGAGUAACCCCGGCGGCUCGACCCGCCUCGCGCGACCUUUCUCCUGCAUUGGCUGUGACGCAGCGUGACGCGCGGCCGUGCCGGUGCCUGUGCUGCUGGCCGGCUUCUGCUGCUGCUGCUCCUCGCUCGCUCGCUCGCACUCACUCACUCUCAUCACCCCCCCCAGCCCCCCGUGGAGAGCGGCUGGGCCAAGAUGGCGGCGCUGAGCAAGUCCAUCCCCCACAGCUGCUACGAGAUCGGGCACACCUGGCACCCCCACUGCAGCCGGGCCUUCCUGCACAUCACUCAGGGGGCGCUGGGAGAGUCUCUCCGCAUCUACGGGACCCUUUACCUGAUUGCUGCAAUUCUCCGAAAACGAAAACUUGAUUAUUACUUGUACAAACUGCUGCCUGAGAUUCUGCAAUCAACUUCCUUUUUGACAGCAAAUGGAAGUUUGUAUAUUGCAUUCUUCUGCAUUUUAAGGCGGAUACUUGGAAAAUUCUAUUUUUGGACUCCUGGUUUUGGUGCUGCUUUACCAGCUUCUUAUGUGGCUAUUCUUAUUGAAAGGAAGAGCAGGAGAGGGCUGCUUACUAUUUACAUGGCUAAUCUGGCCACAGAAACACUAUUUCGCAUGGGGGUGUCAAGAGGAGCAAUUACUCCUUUAAGGCAUGGAGAGGUCCUUUUGUUCUGCAUCACAGCUGCCCUGUUUAUGUUCUUUUUCAGGUGUAAGGAUGGUUUGAAAGGAUUUACAUUCUCAGCACUAAAAUUCAUUGUAGGGAAAGAAGAAAUUCCCACACAUUCAUUUGCACCAGAAGCAACGUUCUUAAGAAGAGAGAGGAAAAUAAAACAGCAUGAAGAAAUAGCACAACGAAUGAACAUAAUUGCUGUAACGAAAAAACUUGUGGAUAAAGUAUGCAAGCAUGGGCCAAGGCACAGAUGUUGUAAGCACUAUGAAGAUAAUUGCAUCUCAUAUUGCAUUAAAGGCUUCAUUAGGAUGUUUAGUGUCGGUUACUUGAUCCAGUGUUGCCUUCGAAUCCCAUCAGCAUUCCGGCAUCUGUUUACAAAACCUUCUCGGCUGCUCUCGCUCUUCUACAACAAAGAAAAUUUCCAGCUUGGGGCUUUUCUGGGGUCAUUUGUCAGUAUAUACAAAGGUACGAGUUGUUUCUUGCGCUGGGUACGGAAUUUGGACGAUGAACUGCAUGCACUUAUUGCUGGAUCCCUGGCUGGAGUGUCAAUGAUGUUUUACAAAAGUACUACCAUCUCCAUGUACCUGGCUUCCAAACUAGUGGAGGCCAUGUACUUCAAAGGCAUCGAAGCUGGAAAGGUGCCCUAUUUUCCUCAUGCAGACAGUAUCAUCUAUGCUGUUUCUACAGCUAUCUGCUUCCAGGCCGCUGUGAUGGAAGUGCAGAACCUGAGACCUUCAUACUGGAAAUUCCUCUUACGGCUGACAAAGGGCAGAUUUGCCCUGAUGCAUAGAAAAAUUUUAGAUGUAUUUGGUACAGAAGCAUCUAUGCAUUUCAAGGAUUUCAUUCCUAAGCUUGACCCAAGAUAUACAGUCGCACCACCAGAGAUACCUGUUGAGAGGUCUUGGAAAUGAUCAUUAGCCAAGUCUGACCAAUGUCUGUCCUGAAGAGUUAAUUAACUUAAAAGUCAAAUAGACCGAAGAGGACUUGUGUUCUGCUUCAGUAUUGUUUCAGUGAGUUGUGUUUUGUUACCAAUCUCAACAUACUGAAGCUCCUUGGCAAGAUGCGGUUUUAAUCUGGCUUCUGCCAUAGUAGAAAAUGCCUCUGGAUCAUGGGGGUUGGUUGACACAACCUGGUAGAUUUUUGACAGAAUUAUAUAUCCAUAAAUUAAUAUAUCAGAGAAAAUUUUAGAAGUACCUGAAUGUGCUUAAAAUAAAAAUGUCAAAAUAAUUCUUUUUAAUUCAUUCCAGUAGAUAACUUUUAAAAAGAUACUAAGACUAUUUUUGCAUUUAGAAAACAAAAGGGACAUGGAAUAUAUAUUAUAGGUCGCUAUCCAUUUUAUUUUAAAAGUCAGUCUAGUCGGAAAGCUUUUUGCUCUUUGAGUAUUGUUGGGUUGUUUUAUUAUUAUUUUGUCACUGGGAAAUGUUUAGAGCCAAUAUCCAGUCCUGCACUGUUUAUCUCCAGCUUUGACUUUGAAAACUGCCUUCCAGGUACAAUUAUUUUUCUCCUAAAUCCAGUUUCACACUUGGAAUUACUACUGAGAGGUGAUAACACUGACACUUAGGCCUGGGUUUAUGCAGGUCUUGGACAUGCUUAUAUGGAUAAUCAAGAUGAAAUGAUAGAAUGGAGAAGAUGGAAUGUAAUAUUGUCAUGUUUCAAAGUGAGUCUCAAAAAUGCUGGAUCUUUUUCAGAGCAAAAAUUAAAAAUGCAUGCAUAGAAGUCUGGAGACAAUGGACGUGCCCUUGACUAUAGAAUUGAUUUUUGUGAGCCUUCGUACAAUGUCAGUGAUCCAGGGGCCUUCAAAUGGAAUGCAAACCCUGAAGUGUGAUGGGGGCAGGAAAACUGACUGAUUUGUUACUUUUAUAUAUUUUGUUCUUUGCUGAUUUUUUAAAAGCAUAGCAGAUACACAACAGCCAUAUAUACAGACAAGUAUGUGAAAUUUAGUGCAAGCUGAUUACUGCUCAAAAUUCACUUCUGUCUAUCCUCCCAUGUCCCUAUGAUACUUUAAUAUUCUAAUUCAGUUUUAGUGAUCAAUUCAGUACAGACCGAUGUGAGCUGUGGUGAAAGACUUCCAAGGCUUUCAAGGGAAAAUAAACACAGUUUUUACUUGGAUUCAUCCAAUAUGCCAAAAGCUGAAAUGUUUAUGACUGAAAACAUCUGAAAGAUUUUAUAUAUAUUGUUCAGAUUCUUGUUUUAAUUGCUGUAAGUUAUUUUUUGAUUCUGUGUGUGUGUGUGUGUGUGUGUGUGUGUGUGUGUAUGAAUGAUUAUCUAACAAAAUCUUUGCAUAUAUUGUGACAAUAAAGAUAUAUUCAAAGAGCAACAGUAGAAUAAUAGCUUUAUUAAGACCAACUUUAAAUGUUCUAAAUAGUGAGCAAACUUUUGAGUAAAUCAAAACUCUUCCAGCCCAUAUGUAAGGGAAGAAAGAGAGAGAGAUAGAAGAAGAUGUUGGUGGGCAGCAUAAAAAGUCCAAGGCUAGAGUGUGCAAUAGUAUUAGUCUCCAACAACCUCCCCCACUCCCUGCUCCCUUUUUAAAGCCGUCUGAAGGAAAGUUCUCAUGAACUCAAAAGCUUGUUCAAUCUUUCAUGGUGUGGCAGUGGCAGUUGGUCCUAAUGAAAGUAUUAUGCUGCUGUUGCUAAUAUUGCUGGAUAGUUUAUAAUGGACCAACAUGACUGCCUGCAUUUAUUUUCUUUUUUGGUCUUUUCUGGAGAAUGAUGUUCUAUAUCAGACUUCUAAGAGAGUUCUAAUCAUACUCAUUAAAUGUUAUGUUUUUUCUUUCUUUCUCAUGCACUAGUUAUAUCAGGUUUGCCAAACGGUAGUGAAGUCAUACCUGCCCUUGGGGGGUCAGGGAGAAGUAUGUUUUACAUUAUCAACACAGCACUGAGGAGGAGUAAACUCCUGCUGCUGAUUGCUUGUCAGAAAAUGUGUUUGAUUAAGUGUUUGCUAGAUGUGCAAAAUGUUUUCACUUCUUUUGCAGGUAUGAUCAUACAUGACUGGUGAAUCAACCAGUCGGGAUGUCAUUUGCUGGGACUCACCGACUGAAAGUGUGCUUGCCAAAGGCCCCAAAGACAGUAAACGGCAAAGGCAGGCUUUGAACUCAGGGAAUUCCAGUCCACUUCAUGUGGUCAUGUACAUGCCAGUAAAACUUGGUGAAAUAGUUCCAGGUCAUCUGAACUUGGUACGACCCUGCCCCAUAAUAAGAAAAUCCUUUUCAGGUUUAAAAAAAAGGGGGGGGGUGUCAUCAUUACUACUGUAUUCACAAAUGUUGGUGGGUCCCUUCAUCUUGCUAGUCCCUGAAAUUCUGUUACAAGAAAUGCCUUUUGCAGGGCCAAGAAACUAAUUGUGGAUCUUAGAGCUGUUUGCAGCCCUACAGCCCGCUAAAUACAGUGGCCACAAUCAGCAGUGCCAGCCACAUCCCAUCCAUUUUGGGCCAUGGCACUCUUUCUUCUCUGCAGUUUAUUGAGCAGUCCAGACUCCUGUGUAGAGCUGGUUAGGUUCUGAGCAUGCUCAAGACAGGCCGGAAAUGAAUUUUGCUAGUUCCUCCUGCCGCAGGGCGCCUAUCCCCAAUUCUGGGACUGUAGUGAAGAGAGGUGAUAAGUAGGCAGAAAUAUUCUGACGGCAAAAACAAACUCAAGAGAGAAGAAAAGUUAGAACUUUAAGGGAAUUGGAGAAGGGAAGGAGAUAGCUAACUCUAUGGUCCCUAGAAGCUGCCUCCUCUCAAAAAAGUUUCUAACUUCCCUUGCAAUAGAAAUAUUUACGUAACACUACUGUGAACCACCCCAGACAUGACAUUUGUGAGGGCCUGAUGAGCUCCAGCUACUGGGAAAAAGAACCCUUCACAGGUAAGACCAGUGUUCUUUCCCCCCCUGUGCUGGAGCUCAUCAGCAGUGGGACAUGCCUAAGCGGUAUGAAACUAUGUGGGGGUGAGGGGAUGUCAGACCACCAGCUGGAGCACUCGACAACAGAAGGCCACCUGGGCAGAAGAAAAAGAGGAGAUUUUGUAGUGGCGAAUGAUAUCCGCCAUGGUGGAAUGAUAUCCGCCAUGGUGGUGAUUCCCAAAGGGAGGGGAAGACAUAGUGAUUCAUAGGCCAGCUGGAUGCAGGAUUUAAUCCAUUUGGCCAAGGUGGCUUUAGAUACCCUGUGAUCCAGGUUGGAAGGUUGAAAAGACACAAAAAGGGCGUCUGACUGGCGAAAGACUUUAGUGCGUCUGACGGAGGCGCGCAGUACAUGGUGUACAUCCAGCUUGUGCCAGAGCUUUUAUUUGUGGUGAGUCGGGUUAGUACUGAACGAAGGAAGGAUGAUAUCCUAAGACCGGUGGAAUGGUAGAAUAUCAUAUUGAUUUUGGGUAUGAAAGUUGUGUCUUAACUUUAGAACUAUGGAAUCCUGUUGAAAAAAAGGUAAAGCUCUUUAAAAACCAAGAGGGCUCCCAACUCUGCAAGCCGAGGUGAAAGCCACCCAAAACUACCUUGUAGGAUGGAAGUUUAAGGGAUAUGGAAGAUAGUGGCUCAAAAGACGGCGAGGUGAGGGCAUUUAAAACUUUAUUGAGGUUCCAAGAAGGGAAGCGUUGGAUGGGAGGUGGGGCCAAAUUGGAAGCUCCCCAUAGGAAGCGUGAGAUAUGAGGGUGAAGCUAUUGACUGUCUGGAGUUGAAAUGUUCAGUAUGGACGGCAGAGUGGAAGCCUGUCAUUUCAAGGUGUUAGGUUUGAGAUGCAGGUCUAGGCCCUCUUGCAGGAAAGCCAAGACCUCUGUGAUGCCCGGAGAUAAUGGGUUUAGGUUAUGUCUGCGGGACCAUCUGAAGAAAGCUGCCCAAGUAGCUUGGUAAAUACGAUGAGUAGAGGAACGACGAGAGGCGUAUUUUGGCAAUGAAUGUUGAAUAAGAAUAAAGCUUUUUUUCAUAACCACUGGAUUUGCAUUCCUUUACUGAACUGCUUUGUAUUCCAAAUGCAGGCAAGUGUUAUUUUCAUCUUGAAUUUUAUUUUCUAGUUUUGCCCUAAUGAAUAGAAAUCUUUUAGAUGUAUUUGGUACAGAAGCAUCUAUGCAUUUCAAGGAUUUCAUUCCUAAGCAGGGAUACCUGUUGAGAAGUCUUGGAAAUGAUCAUUAGCCAAGUUUGACCAAAGUCUGUCCUGAAGAGUUAAUUAACUUAAAAGUCAAAUAGACUGAAGAGGACUUGUGUUCUGCUUCAGUAUUGUUUCAGUGAGUGAAUCUGAAGGGGAUGUUGUAUAACCUGGGUCAUCUGGAGAUGUUUGUCCUUUCUCCUGGAAUGUGGGGUGAUUAGGAGAGAGUCGGGGGGGGGGGGAAGCAGGGAAAAAUCCAGUGAGUAGCCCCUGGAAAUUGUGUAUAGAACCCAUUGGUCCUGUGUUGUGGACAUCCAGGUGAGGGCAAACUCGAAAAGUCUGCCCCCUAUGGGCAUGGAGUCAUUGCUGCUUGUUUUGAUGGGUAGUGACAUUGAAAGCCUUGGAUUCUUGGGGCCUGAAUGCCCCUCUAUUGCGCUGUCUCCACUGGUAUCACCCUGACCCCUCGAAAGGUAGGUUUCUGAAAUCCCCUGAAUGUCUGUUGGAGUUGGAACUGCCUUUGGUUACAAAAGGAAGACGAGGGUGCUCAAAAAUCCCACCGAGUUUCUUUCCUAGUCGAGGGCAUGGACUUCUCCUUGUCUUUGGUUUCCACUAAGACUGGGUCUACAGAGGGAUCAAAGAGGUUGGAACCUGAAUAGGGGGAAGAAGUGAGCACAAUCGUGGUUUUAGAAUCCACUUGUCAACUUUUGAGCCAGAGAGAGCUGUAUACGACCAUCCCAGAAGCUAAGGCUCUAGAAGCCUGUUGGACGCAGUUGAGGCUGGAGUCUGCCAUGACGGCAGCUGCUUUUGACAUUUUGUUAAUACCUUGUCUAAGCCCAGUAUUUAUUUUUUUGGGUGGGAGGCAGAGAAACCAAUUCUUUUGCCCACAAAAUGGAGGUCCUGGAAAAAAUAGAAUUGGCUGUAGCUGCUUUGAUUACGGUAGCGGAAACGUCAUGAGCUUUCUGAAGCAUUAGGUCACACUUUCUAUUGUGGAUUUUAAUUGUUCUUGACCCUCUGUAUUUAAUAGUGUCCCAGAUGCCAUUCGGACAAUGGGAGCGUCUAUGCAGGGGGAGGCCGGUAGGGCCAAGACCUCAGGAGAGAGAGAGAGAGAGAGAUUCCUGGGGUAAGAGCCAAUAGGUCUGCAAGACGCCGGAUUUUGCCAUUCUGCCAACAUGACCUGCCAAAAAAGGUUAGGGAAGGUUAUAGUGGAAGAGGGGGUAGAGGAGGAGAGAAAGACAUUCUUGUCUAGGUCCAGACGGCGCUACCUCAACAGGAGAAACAUCAUUUAUAGUUCUUUUAGCUUUAGACAAAAGUGCAUCAAAAUCAGUGGAAGUGAAAAGGCAGGCUGAAAUAGGCGCCAUAGGUGCAGUCUCCUCCUCAGAUAACUCUCCUUCCUCUUUAUCCAAAUCCCUAGGAACCAAGGGGUAAGGAGUUUCAGGGUCAGAUGGUUCAGAGCUGGAUGCAGGCCUGCGAGAGGCAACACAAGGAGCACAGAGUUAGGAAGGGGAGCAGCUGAGUAGGGUGUACUGGAGGGGGAGGAACAGGUUGCCUGGGUGGGGAAGGAGGGGCAGAGGUAGGAAGAACGUUAGCAGGGUGUGCUGGUGCGCUAGGAUGAUUGUGUAGGCACUUAGUAGCAGAAGGCUCUUGUUCUGAAGAGGAAGAAUAGCCAUGGUGUCUCUUACAUGUUACUUUGAUUGGUCUGGGCACAAAAUGUCAUCUCUCGUGGAGAGGGAUGGCUUUCCUCCUAGGGCUUGAGUCCGGAGGAAGAAGAGAGGCACCUGUCAGGGCGAUGAGGUCUCUGUGGGGAGAGCAGCUGGAAUGGCCGGUGGGAGCUGGGGAAGGAGUUGUGGCAGGGAGUGGCAACUGUGGCUGAGGGGUGAGCGGGAUGCACUGUCUAGGAAAAAAACUUCCUAAGCCAGCCAGUAACGUCUGGUAGGAAGGGUGGGACCGGCCCCUGAAUAGGGGGAACAGUGUUACUGUAUGUGUCCCCGAGGGCAGCAUUGCCGGAGGGAGACUCCAUAGGCUGCCUGUAGAUGCCCGCGCCUAGUGGCAGGGACUGUGGAGCCUCCUGAGGCAAUGCGGAGUCAGCCGAUUAGUCUGGGUGGUGUGCAGGGGGACUGCGCGGACCAGCCAGUUCCCCCUCUGCAACAACCACAACAGGGGCAGCAAUAGAGAACGCCAAUGGAUCACCCACCAGGUGAUGGUCGUCCUUCCCCUUUUUUGUCCAUUCUGCUGUGUCCCUGGAUCGCAGUUUUGUCUGUUUACAGUCCGCUUUUAUUAGCAGGCGCUCGCUGAGGUGCAUGGGCAAUGAGGGCUUUUUUCUCUUCUUUUGUUUAACCUCGCUGUGCUCCUUACAAUGCUUUGUCUUUUUCUGAGCUUUGCGAGGUAGAGAGGUAAAGCCCACUGAUGGAACCACCGCUGGAGUCGGAACAGCUAAUGAAUCGGGGUAUAGCCCGCGGUGAGAUCAAAAUGGUAGGCUCUGUCACUGGAUCGAUUUCGGAGCCUUUGGACAAGGACCUCCAUAGUAGGUCUUCGACAUGGGCAAGCUCCAUAACUUCCCAAACGCCAAAAACUGUCUGCAUUCAAAGAAACAAACUGUUAAAAAUGAAAGUAAAAAGACCCAAAUUCGCCACAUGGGAAAGGAAAAAAAAGGUAAAGUUUGGGGAAAGGGAAAGAAACGGAUCUGAGGCAGCUCCCUUCCUGCCCUUGCACAAUCUAAGGACAGGAAAGGGAGUAGAGAAAAGAAAAUCCUAAGUUUAGAGGAACUAGCCACAAAAAUAUGGAAAUCUCUACAGAGCAAUUUCACAGCCCUGCAAGCCUCGAGCAGACAGGACCGGAACUGGGGAUAGGGACCCUCCGGCGGGAGGAACUCGCAAAAUUCAUUUCUGGCCUGUAUCGGGCAUGCUCAGUACCUAAUCCCAUUGCUGGUGAGGUCCAGCAGAGGGGAAAUAAUCAAAAAGGUUUAAGAGACCUGAGAUAUUUAUACUGGAAAAGUUGAAAAUAAACAGUGAGCCCUGGUGUCUGUCAGCCCUGAUUAUUAUUAAAGUAUUUGCUUACUGGAAAAAUGGUAGCUUUUGGAUUCAUUUAAUAAAAUAAAAGCCUCUUAAGAAACCAAACAUUUCCUAAAUGCAAGGCUCUCCACCCUAAAGCUGGUGACUCUGGUGCAGUUAUAGUUGAAAGAAAUCAGUUUUAUUUUCUUUCCAACACCUCAAAUGAACACAUGAAGUCACCUGAUACAGAGUCAGACCAUUGGUCCCACUAGCUCAGUAAGACAGCAUUGACUGCAAGCAGCUCUCCAGAGUUUCACACAGGGAUCUUUCCCAACCCUACCUGGAAAUGCCAGGGAUUGAUUCUAGGACCUUUUGCAUGCAAAGCAUGUGCACAAUCACUGAGCCUACAGUCAUUCCCUCCUCAGUAGAGAAGUCCCAAAGGUGGCUUUGCUGUGGAUUGAAAGCAUAAACUAGCAUAAAGCCUUUAUGUGUGAAUUAGGGAGGGGGAGCUUUCUUUACUUCCAGAGCCCAGGUUUGCAACCACUUUUAACCAGACUAUACCUUUACCUCGAGUACAGGUGGAGGAGCCACGAAUAUCUGCUCCUCCUCCUGGCUCCUGCAUCAGCCAGGGCGCUUUAAGCCCAGCUUCCUCAAUGUGAACAGCAACAAAGCCUGAUGGAGCUCUCUGCUUAAUCCUUGCUAACUGGACAAAGAGGCACUUUUAAAAGGUGAUGAUUCUCUUUAUUGAGCAGAGGGGGAAUAACUGGCCCUAUCCACCCCGAGCACAAUACCUCCAGUGACUGUUACUGGUGUCUAUCAUGUUUCAUUUUAGAUUGUGAGACUUUUUGGGACGGGGGUCCUUCUUAAAUAUUUAUUAUUUCUCUGUGUAAAACGCUUUGGAAACUUUGGUUGAAAAGCAGCAUAUAAAUAUUUGUUGUUAAUUAUCCAUUUCUCUUCCACAACCAAAAUAUUCUUUAGCCCUCCCUUCUCCCAAGUGUGAAAGCGACAGAGGUUUUGGACCCCUUCCGUCAUUAUUCAGCUCCUCCCAUUUCUCUCCUGUAGUGUGAACACCAGCAGAGGUUCCAUCAAGAAUGUGUGCGCAUUUGGGUUCGGUUCUUUCUUCCCUUGAUUGCUUAUGCAGCCGGUGGGGUGGGGGUUCCCUUGGAACUGAAGGUUACAUUGACAGGAAGCCCUUGGGGCCAAUUGGCCUGAUUAUCUAGACCCGUUUCAAACUGGCUUUCGGGUGCUGUGGGGUGGAGACUGCCUUGGUCAGCCUGAUGGAUGAUCUCCAGUUGGACAGAGGGAGUGUGACUCUGUUGGUCCUUUUGGAUCUCUUGGCAGCUUUCGAUUCUAUUGACCAUAGUAUCCUUCUGGAAUGUCUGAGGGGAUCGGGGGUGGGAGACACUGCUUUGCAGUGGUUCCACUCCUACCUCACAGGCAAAUUCCAGAUGGUGUUUCUUGGAGAUUGUUGUUCUUCAAAAUCUGAACUUUUGUAUGAUGUCCGUCAGGGCUCCAUAUUGUCUCAGAUGUUGCUUAACAUCUACAUGAAACUGCUAGAUGAGCUCAACAGGAGAUUUGGUGCAGGGUGUUGUCAAUAUGCUGAUGGCACCCACAUUUAUUUCUCCAUGUCAACAUCAUCAGGAGAAGGCAUAACCUCCCUAAAUGCCAGCCUCGAGGAGUAAUGGGCUGGAUGAGGGAUAACAAACUGAGGCUGAAUCCAGAUAAGAUGGAGGUACUUAAUGUGCGGGGUUGGAACUUGGGAGAAGAUUUUGAUCUGCCAGUUCUGGAUGGGGUCACGCUCCCCCAGAAGGUAUUCCGUUUGGGGGUGCUUCUGAACCUCUCCCUGGUGUCCCAGGUUGAGGCGGUGACCAGAGAUGCUUUUUAUCGGCUUUGGCUAAUACGCCAGCUGCAUCCAUUUCUUAAGAUGAACGACCUCAGAAUGAUGGUACAUGUGUUAGUAACCUCUAGGCUGGAUUACUACAAAGGGCUGUAUGUGGGGCUGCCUUUGUACGUAGUCCUGAAACUGCAUUUGGUCCAGAAUGUGGCAGCCAGGUUGGUCUCUGGGUCAUCUAGGAGAGACCAUAUUACUCCUGCGUUGAAAGAACUACACUGGCUGCCGAUACAUUUCUGGGCAAAAUACAAGGUGCUGGUUAUAACCUAUAAAGCCCUAAACCACUUAGGCCCUGGGUAUUUAAGAGAAUGUCGUCCUCGCCAUGAGCCUCACCGCCUGUUAAGAUCAUCUGGAGAGGUUCAUCUGGGGUUGCCACCAACCCAUUUGGUGGCUACUUGGGAACGGGCAUUCUCUAUUGCUGCCCCUGGACUCUGGAAUGCGCUCCCUGUUGAAAUAGGAGCCUCCCCAUCUCUGGCAACUUUUAAAAAGGCACUGAAGACACAUUUAUUCACCCAGGCUUUUAAUUAGAUUUAUAGUUUUAAUUUUUAAUAAAUAUUGAGUUUUAAAUGAUUUUAAUGUUUAAAUGAAUUUAAUGUUUAAAUGAAUUUAAUUGUUAAUUGAUUUAAUGUUUGAAAUGAUUUUAAUUGUAAACCACCCAGAGUCACAAUUUUUGGGCUGUAUAGAAAUAUUUUAAAUAAAUAAAUAAAAAGACCAGGAAACACA